CCUUGUUGUCUUUGCUACAUUGUGCAAGCUCACAGACCUGUUCCUUCUCUCUCCUCUACCCGCUCCCUUGGUGCAGCUUUCGCUCGUGGAAGCACAGAGCAAAGUAACAAGAAUCAGCUGCGAGUUCAAGGAAUUGUCUACCUUGUUCUGAUCUCCUGCCAGUUCCAGCUUGUCGUGCCUGCUGUGAUGGGCAUCGCGUGCAGCGAGAUCAGCUGUGAGCCUGGCAUGACACGGAUGGAGGCUGAGAACAACGGGAAGCCCCUGCUGGUCCGUGAGGAGUCAUCUCUUAAUAUCCCAGCUAUUGCUGCUGCCCACGUUAUUAAGAGAUACGUUGCCCAGGCACCGGGUGAACUCUCCUUGGAGGUGGGAGACCUCGUGUGCGUCAUCGAGAUGCCGCCUCAGGAGCUGAGCCCCCGCUGGAGAGGCAAGCACGGCUUUCAGGUAGGCCCAAGCUUCAGACGUGAGAGCGCAACUUCGGUCGAGGUUGGAUUUUUCCCUGGUGAGUGUGUGGAACUCAUUAACAACAAAAUUCCAGAGGCUCUCAUCAAUUCAGUACCAAAGCCAGAUGAACUGGUUUCUUCCUUUUGUUGUGCAGUGCCAAAGAAGCGCGGCAAGCUCCUCACCUUCCUUCGUUCCGUGGUGAAGGCCCGCCCAAAGCAACGGAAAGAGCGGGAGGUGGAGAAGGAGAGGGUGUUUGGCCGUGACCUGGGAGAGCAUCUUCUGCACUCUGGGCGUGAUGUCCCCCAGGUCCUCCAGAGCUGCGCCGAGUUCAUCGAGCAGCAUGGCGUGGUGCAGGGGAUAUACCGCCUGUCCGGCGUGGCGUCCAACGUCCAGAGACUGCGCCAGGAAUUUGAGUGUGAGCAGGUUCCUGAGCUAACCGUCCGCGACGUUCACAGCGCGAGCUCCCUCUGCAAAAUGUACUUCAGGGAGCUCCCGACCCCCCUGCUGACCGACCAGCUGUACGACAAGUUCUCGGAUGCUGUUGGUGCCACUACAGAGGAGGAGCGGCUGGUCAGAAUGCGGGACGUCAUCCAGCAGCUGCCCGCUCCUCACUACAGGACCCUGGCGUAUCUGAUGAGACACUUGGCCUGUCUUGCUGCAAACAGCUCUGUCACCAACAUGCACGCUAAGAACUUAGCCAUUGUGUGGGCUCCAAACCUCCUAAGAUCACAGCAGAGCGAGUCUGCCUGCGCCAGCGGGAGAGCUGCCUGCACGGAACUGCAGACGCAGUCGGCCGUGGUGGAAUUCAUCAUCGACCACACAGACGUCCUCUUCUGCUCCACAUCCGGAUCGGACAUUGCAGAUGGAGCAGGGCACAGUUCUCUCUCAGGGCCCCAGUCUGUGCAGGCGUCUUCUCCUGCCACAGAGCUGCUCAGCCUGGAGGAGGCGCAGGCACGGAGGCGAGGCCACAGCAGCUCUCCUGUCGUUGUGACACAGAGCAGUGACAUAGAGGUGGAGGAAGGCCCCGCAACUUUACCGGGCAAAUUCCACACUAUCAUUGACUUUCCAUCUGAAAGACCAAGUCCACCCAGCAGGAUAAAGGAAUCACCAGCUGGCUGUUGGUGUUCCUGCUUCAGCCUGGGAAAACCAUCUUCUGGGGCCAAACACCAGCUGCAGUGCAAUGCCAGGGAGCCUGCAGAAACAGACAUUGUAGUACUGGCAGGUGAUUCGUGCUCUUGUCAACCAAGCAGAGCCAGAGCAUGUAGUGAUGCUGGGCUGUGUGCUUCCACCAAUGGAAAGCUGUUAGGAAGCACAAAUGGCUGCGGUUCAGAUGACAGCCUUCCGCAUAACAACAGUGAUGGACACGAGGAGCUCAUCCAAGUUGAAGCCCUCAUUUCUCCCGGCUGUGCUGAAGAUGCUGACCUGAGCCUGCCAGACACCACAGGCACCAGCCUGGACUGUGACCCGGUGCCUCUGCAGUGCAGCCCAGCCCAAGCAGAGCCCGAGUGCCCCGACAGCAGCACCUCUGUGCAGGAGCAGGUCAGCAUCAGUGAGGAGAAGCAGAGCCUCUUGGAGGGGGACUUGGAAUCCAGCCUCCAGUCCCAGGCACCGGACAUCAACACCGACAGCUCUGAGCCACUCUGUCCAUGA